GACAAGCUAUUCUUGGCACGUUUAAAUCUUAGACUUGUCAUGUACGCACUGAUUGGUCAUUUUGUUCACCCCUCUUUCCCAGCUUAGUCGACCUUUAGACUUUUCAAAGACCACUAAUAAGAUUUCAGCUACGGAGUGAUCUGUUUACUUCAGACUUGUUCGCCAUAGUGAGUAACACUGGAUGCUCGCGCUCAGUUAGAAGUCAUUUUUGUCCUAAGUGUGUAUCCGUACGAGCAGCCGUUAUUUGGCCUUGAUGUGGCAUCCUUGAUGUUCUCAGCAUGAAUGCUGCUGAGCCGUAUGAACUCGUCCAGUACCACUGGUUCUACAACCAGCAGGUGGACUCCAGAGACUCCUGGCAACCUUUCAGCAGAGAAGACUCACAGAGGCUGGAGGAUGCUUUCAGUCGAGCAGGGAAAAGUGGCAGGGAGGAAGUGGUGGUGGCUGUAGAAGGAAGGAGAUAUGAUGUCAGGCUGCGUGAAAGGAAACGGUACGCUAUGUACUGGGAACAAGCGCCCACCGAGGUCAGGCGCUGCUCCUGGUUCCAUAAAGGCAGUAAAGAUGUGACCUACACUCCCUAUACUGAAGAGCUUAGUGAUAUCCUAGAGAAUGCCUAUAUGAUUGCAGUUACCCUGAACGAAUGGAAGACGAAUUUGGAGCUCCCAACAGGGGAAACUGUCAUCCUUCACAACCCAAAGCUCAUGAUACAGCAUCCAAACAGCUGCAAGGACUAUCCCCCUUCCCCAACUGAGCGGGCUCAACCCAGAACACUAAAGAGAGGGAUUGAGAAUAUUUCAGUGGAGAUACCAGAGGGAGAACCAGAAAGAGUAGACCACCUAGUAUUCAUGGUUCAUGGUAUUGGUCCGGCCUGUGACAUACGGCUCCGGGGCAUCGUCCAGUGUGUGAAUGAGUUCCGUAAUACCUCCAACGGCCUCAUAAACAGUCACUUCAGGCAGGGUGAGGACACAAGCACAAUUGGAAGAGUAGAGUACCUUCCGGUCAACUGGCACAGAGUCUUGCAUGGCGAAACUACAGGAGUUGACAAAGACAUCGAGAGAAUCACACUUCCUAGCAUUAGCCGCCUGCGUCAGUUCAGCAAUGACACAGUACUGGACCUUUUUUUCUACAAUAGUGCUACAUACUGCCAGACCAUUGUAGAUACAGUGGCCUCUGAAAUCAACCGCCUGAACAGCCUCUUCCUCCAGAGGCAUCCACACUUCACCGGACACGUUUCCCUGGUCGGACACAGUCUAGGCUCGUUGAUCCUGUUUGAUCUCUUGACCAAUCAAGAGACAAGUUCAGAAGGCACGGUACAUGAUGAGCUCCAUGAGGAUCCUUACAUUGAUACAGCCUACUGUUCCUAUGAGAGCCUGGAUGAGGCGGUCAGGGGCAAGGGGUUGGAGGAGUACCUCGAAGUACUGCAGAGAGAACAAGUGGAUAUAGAGUCCCUGAUGCUCUGCUCAGAGAAGGACCUAAAAGAUAUUGGUAUACCACUUGGUCCUCGCAAGAAGAUUAUGAACUAUGUGAAGAAAUGGAAGCACUAUAGAACUGGAGGUGGACCUGCAGCCCAAUUUGAGACAUAUUUCCCAAGUCUAGGGAUGAAAAGAGCUCUGGAACAUCAGACCCCCACCACUAGUGCAGUUGAUUAUCAGCAUUUUGAUGUUGGCAUUGGACAGGUAUCCAUUGAUUAUCCUCAGCUGGCCUUUCACCCCCAAGCAUUCUUUGCUUUUGGUUCACCCAUAGGAAUGUUUUUAACUGUUAGAGGUCUGAAGAGGAUCGACCCUAAUUACAGCUUCCCUACCUGCAAGAGUUUCUACAACAUCUUCCAUCCUUUUGACCCAGUGGCAUAUCGCAUCGAGCCCAUGAUUUUGCCUCCAGACGUGAACUUACCACCCAUGUUGAUGCCCCAUCAUAAAGGCAGAAAGAGGAUGCAUCUUGAGCUGAAAGAGGGACUGACUCGAGUCAGUUCUGACUUACUGGGCUCACUGCGCAUGGUUUGGCAGAGCAUUUCUCAAGUGCCCGCACCAGCGCUUGCACAACGUGGAGUCAAUUCCAUGUUCCCUACAGAUGAAGCAGAAGUCUCACCAAUGGAACAGGAAGAGAGGAAGAUCACCAAGGUUGGGAUGUUGAAUCGUGGGCAACGUAUCGAUUAUGUUCUUCAGGAGACACCAAUUGAGAGUUUCAAUGAGUACUUGUUUGCAAUACAGAGCCAUUUGUGCUAUUGGGAGUCAGAGGACACAGCUCUGUUGGUUCUGAGAGAGCUUUAUGGAAAUAUUCCAGCAAGAUCUCAGUCAUAGAUGUUCUUUCCUGAUUGUCAUAUGCCUAUUUUAUCCACAAUAGUUUUCCUAACAACCACUGGGCGGCACCAUGAUGAUUUUAAUUGCCCCUGGACUGUUUUCUGGUUCCAGUCUCCAUAAGAAGCAAUGUAAAAACUACCAAAAUAAGCGAUUUAGACGGAGAACAACAAUCAGUUUAAGUGUUAGCUGGAGUCAAAAUUAGUUCAGGCUCAACUUUUGCAGUCAUAACAACUCAAAGUAAUUAAUGAUAUCAACAUAACUAAAUUCGGGCCAUCGCUUCAUGUCUUAUACCCAUUCCUUAAACUUUGAUAGGUGAGCCACUGUCAAAAGAUGGUCAUUGCAAGUGUAAAGUAUUGGCACUAUGGAGCCACAAAUACACUACUUCAGUACACUAAGCAACACUUUAUCUUCUAAAAACAAACUCAGAUUCAAGUGAAAACACUGGAGACCGGAAAAUGAUAAAAAAAUAAACAGGCUUCUGUUAUAAAUUGUGCGACACAAUUCAGGAAAAAAGGUGAAUAAUAUACUGACAAACUUUAAAGCAAAGUCCACAGUGAAUCAAGUAAGUAGCUCUGUGGAUUUUGACCAGUAAACUGCCUAAGAAAUGUACAUUUUGAGUUUAAAAUCUCACCUGAAGAUUUGCCAUUACAAUGUUGUUGCAAUAUUAUUAAGGCAGACUUUGAGCAUUUGAUCCACAUUAAUGUCCCUUUGUGCAACCGUGCGCAUUGUAAUAAAAACUUGAAUCCAACUUUUAUCUAAAAUAUUAACUUAUUGUAAACUUUGGCCAGUGACUUUCUAAUUUUGAGAUUGAUUGAUUCAUAUUAUAUUACUGAUAUGUAUUAAUAUUAUAUUCCUGAAAUAUGGAUAUUUGUGUUUUUUAUUUAUUUUAUUAAACUCCUCU